AUGAAUAAGUUAUUACAAGUUAUUGCUUUAUUUGUAAUUGCUGCAGUUGCUGCUAAUGCCCAAACCUAUGUAGCCUUCCAAGGUUACUCGAUGACACAGGUUUUCUUGUCAAACUACUGCCAGAGACCAUCAUCUGGUGAUAACUACGCUUACCUUAUCCUCGAUGCAUGGACUGUCCAAUACAAUACCUACAGUGAUUACUAUUGUCAAAAUGUUUUCACUUCUCAAAAAUUGACCGUUGGAAUGCAACCAAAUUCCUACGUUCAAAUGUAUUUGGCCAACUCUAUCAACUUCAGUGCUGAUGGAUUCUACUACAAUGUAAUCUAUGCCAAUGGUACCAACUGCAAUGGUGCUGUCGCCUACGCCUACUCUCAACCAAUCAACUAUUGUGUACCACUCAACUACAUGAAUCCAAACGCUCAAUACCAAACGAUCCAAUGUACCCCAACUGGUUAUAUCCAAUACAUCUACAACGGUUACGGUUGCACUGGUCCAUACACCUCCCAACAAUACGUCACCUCCACCUCAUGUACCCCAGCUGGUCCAGGUUAUUUCAAUACCUGUGUAAACAAUUAA